AUGUAUCGCGUUCCGGCGAGCUGUCCUGACACGACGUAUCGCCGUCCGCCGAGCGCGCCUGUUACCUGCCUCCUCACUAUUGUGAGACUGACUCUGACUCUAGACUUUGACACGACGUAUCGCCGUCCGCUGACCGGGAUUGGACCUCUGACUGACCUUGACCCUAGAUUCGCUUUGACACAAUGUAUCGACAUCCGCCGACCGAAUUUUGCCUUGACACGACGUAUCGCCGUCCGCCGAGCAGGCGUUGUUAGCUGUGUGCCCGUUGAGAUUUACCUUGAGACCAUAUAUCGACGUCCGACGAGCAGGAUGGGGCAUCUGCACGAGUGCUUUGACACGAUAGUUGAAAUUUCUUACAAGCAAAAACCCUCGACGCUAUGUAUUUCCGUCCGUCGAGCGAGAUUCGGAAUGUUGACACCGAUGCCGCCUGCUGCCGUUGCAUCCAUUGAAUGA